AUGGCUCUGAUGAUGGUAUCAGAAAUGUUUCUGUUCAAUCCGCUUCUAUUAAUGUUUCUUUUGUUCUUGGCCGUCUCCCUUUUUCUUUCCCAUGCAAUAAAGGGGCGGAUGAAAUCUAAAACACCAAUCCAACACCCUCCAAGUCCUCCGGCAUUGCCACUCAUUGGACAUUUUCAUCUGCUUGGUCCAGAAACAGCCAAAUCCUUCCAAACCCUGGCCUCCCGCUAUGGUCCCAUCCUGCGGCUCCGGUUGGUUUCAAAAACUUCUGUAAUAGUUUCUAGUGCCAUGAUUGCAAAAGAAAUAUUGAAAGACAAUGAGAUGAAUUUCAUCUCGAGGCCUGUAGUGGGAUAUUCAGGGUUCAAUAUAUACGACGGCUCAACGUUUGUGUUCGCGGAAUAUGGGACGUAUUGGCGUUUCAUGAAGAAAUUGUGUAUGACUGAGCUUCUUUCCCUAGCACAGGUCAGCCGAUUCACUGAUAUCAGAAGAGAUGAGACGAUGAAAUUGUUGGAAACCCUUGUUAAGUGCUCUUAUGAAGGUAAGUCAUGCGAUCUUGGAAAAGAGUUUUUGAGACUCACAAACAAUUAUACAUGCAGGAUAGUGAUGAGCACGAGGUGUUCCGCCAGUGAAGACGAGAGUAAGAAGGUCUGGGAGUUUAUUAAAGGGAUAGAAGAACUACUGGCCAAAUUAACCUUUGGCGAGAUAUUGGGUCCUUUGCUGGGGAAACUUGAUUUAUUUGGCUAUGGGAGAAAGCUGAAGACUUUGCUUUCAAGUUUUGAUACACUGGUAGAAAAGAUAAUGAUUAAGCAUGAGGAGGAUAUGCGCUUUUGUAGAAAAAAGGAAAGGAGGGAUCUUAUGGAUUUGCUCUUGGAUGUUUACAGGGAUGAAAAUGCUGAAGUGAAGCUAACCAGAAAGAACAUCAAGGCCUUGAUCUUGGAACUUUUUACAGCAGGCACCGAAACAUCAGCCAAAGCCUUAGAGUGGACGAUUGCGGAGCUUAUCAAUCACCCUCAAGAAUUCAAGAAGCUUAAAGAAGAAAUUCAUAGAGUUGUUGGUUCACAAAGGCUUGUUGAGGAAUCAGAUAUCCCAAAUCUUCCUUACUUGCGAGCAGUCAUUAGAGAAAGCUUAAGACUACACCCUCCUUCAGCCGUGCUUCUUCGUAGAUGCGUGAAGGAUUGUAAGAUCAGUGGUUAUGAUAUAUUAGCGAAUGAAGGGGUAUUAUUCAAUUUGAUUGACAUCAUGAGGGACCCAAGUUCAUGGGAAAAUCCGCUAGAUUUUCAACCCGAGAGGUUCAUGGAGAAAUCCGGAGGACAUUAUGAUCCGUAUCAAAUGGAUAUUAGAGGGCAAAAUUUCAAGAUGUUGGCCUUUGGUACAGGAAGAAGAGGGUGUCCAGGUGCGUCUCUGGCUUUAGCUGCUGUUCAUGGAGUGAUUGCCGCACUUGCUCAGUGCUUUGAUUUUGAGGUGGAAGGAGGGAAAGAGAUAGACAUGGAAGAAAAGGCUGGGUUGACUAAUGCAAUGGCUCAUCCGCUUCUCUGCUACCCCAUUACACAUUUCAACCCUUUUGCAGUUCACUCGUAA